UCUUCAGCCUAUAGGCUUCUAACCCGCGUUUCAUCUCUUCUUCCAAAAAAGCAAGGGGUGGGCUGAUGGCGCUGUUGAUGGCCGCGGGCUCGGAGCCCCAAACCGAUAGAGAAAGGGAGGACUUGGAUGCCAUUGCUGCCCUCAAGGAGUCUGCUGCGAUAGAACUCAAGGAGCAGGGCAACAAGUAUGUGAAGAUGGGGAAGAAGCAUUACUCGGAUGCUAUCGAUUGCUAUAGCAGGGCAAUCAGUCAGAAUUCCUUGAGCGAUUCAGAUCAGUCGGUCCUUUUUUCAAAUCGCGCCCAUGUGAAUUUGAUGUUAGGAAAUUACAGAAGAGCUAUUUCAGACGCGGAAGAGGCGAUCAAACUCUGCUCAACCAAUGUUAAGGCCUACUAUCGUGCAGCAAAGGCAGCCUUCUCAUUAGAAUUGCUGAUGGAAGCUGAAUCAUUCUGUAAUAGGGGUCUAGAACAAUUUCCAUCCAAUGAGGAGGUGAAGCAGUUGUUUGUGCAGAUUGAUUCACGAAAGAAAGAGUAUGAGCAUCACAAAACUCAACUUUCCAAAGUUGUGGAGACAGCCAAGGAACUAGCCUCUGCUUUUAAGAGUAGAGGAUUGAAGCUUGGAAGGACUAUGUAUCAAGAACUUACCGGAGUGAAAAAACCGAUCUUGGAUAAAAACGGCAUCCUUCACUGGCCACUUCUUCUUCUUUAUCCAGAAACUAUGUCAAGUGAUUUCAUUGAAGAAUUCUGCGAGACUGAUAGAUUUUCAGCUCACCUUGAUCUAAUGUAUUCAGACAGUUAUUCAACACUGCCAUGGGACAAGGAGAAUGCUUACACCCGUGAAGAUAUUGAAUUGUACUAUCAGGCUAAUACGGGAGUUGUACUCUCAAAGAAAAAAGUGCUCGAGUAUCUUCUACAGGGGACUGUCGCUUCACAUUCAGAAUGUGACUAUGAUGAGGAUAAGGAUGAAGUCGAUCACACUGAAAUUCCAAGCUCAUCAAGUUCUGGUAAGUGGAUAAAGGUGAAUGAGAAGAAGACACUUAUUGAUAUUCUAAAGCAGUCAGAUUACAUAAUCCCUGCAAUACCAGUUUUCUUUGUUAUUUCAAAACGAUCAAGCUUGUAUAAGGAGUUCAGAGCUGGCAACUGGUCUCAUCCUUAAAUCUUCUUCUCUGUAAUGGAGCCUGUAAGUCAUGGCAGCUUCUGUGCUUGAUGAUAGAAUGUGGACUACUGCAAAUUAAGGCUUCGUUUGGGACGACAUUCCUACUGCUUCUUAAAACAAUUUUUUAGCACAAAAAUUUAAUUUUUGUUCUUAAAUUUUUGUACUAAAAAAUUGUUUUAAGUAGUAGUAAAAAAACCGUCUCAAACGAAGCCUAAGUUAUUGCCAAAAGUAGAAGGUUAACUUUAGCAUAAAGUUUUUUUUUUUGUUGAAAUUGUUCAGUUAGAUUGUUAUGAGCAUAAAUUAUUAAAAUUAUGAAAUUUGAGGCUUUUUCUGCUAAUAUGUGAGAUUUGGAUGUGAAUUUGUAAAAUUGUGGAUUUGGGGGUUUUUCUCAUAGACAGGCCAUUCGAAUUUGAAUGGAAAAGCGUUACUUUUUUGAUUUAA